AGAAAAGGGAGAGAGUUAGAGUCAGAGAGAGGGAGAGUGGGGGAGAUUGCAUUCCUAUCACGUCUUCAUUUCUCCUCUCUCCUCUCUUUUGCCUCAACCGCUGACAGAGGUAGAGAGAGAGAGAGAGAGAGAGAGAGAGUGAGAGAGAGAGAGAGAGAGAGACAGAGAGAGAGAGAGAAGAGCGAGCGAGCAGAGGAGAGAUCUAACAAGAUUCAAACUAGUGGUCUUUUUUCCUGAUGCUUUUCAAUUCCAGAACGAAACUAUGCCCGGUAUGGGACCAUAAACGGGACGCACCGGGAAUCAACCGGACAAACAGCAGAAGGAUAUGUGAAGUUGGAAUCCCACUAAACUAAUGCUGUGAAGUGGCUCUGUCCCUGGAGCCGUGACUUCAUCCCCUGGGUGUCAGCGAGGAUGCUGUGGGUUACCUUGCUGAGCACCAUAGCCUUAGGAUGGACCACCCCAAUCCCACUACUGGAGGACUCAGAGGAGAUCGACGAGCCCUGCUUCGAGCCCUGCUACUGCGAGGUCAAAGAGGGAAUCUUCCACGUCCACUGCGACAGCAAAGGAUUUACAAAUGUCAGCCAGAUCUCCCAGAUAUGGAGUCGGCCCUUCAAGCUCAACCUGCAGAGGAACUCCAUGAGGAAGCUGUACUUUAACAGCUUCCUCCACCUCAACAAUGCCAUAUCUAUUAACCUGGGUAAUAACGCCUUGCAAGAUAUCCACGCUGGAGCGUUCAAUGGGCUAGGGAUCCUCAAACGGCUGUUCCUCCACGAGAACAAGCUAGAGGUUUUCCGGAACGACACUUUUCUUGGGUUGGAGAGCUUAGAGUAUCUCCAGGCGGACUAUAAUGUGAUCAAACGGAUUGAAAGUGGUGCGUUCAGGCACCUUCACAAAUUGAGAGUGCUGAUAUUGAAUGACAAUCUGAUCCCUGUGCUCCCAAGCUAUCUAUUCAGGUCAGUGUCACUCACACAUCUGGACCUGAGAGGAAACAGACUAAAGACAUUGCCAUAUAAGGGCACGUUGGAGUAUGUUGGGCGAAGUUUAAUGGAGAUCCAGCUGGAGGAGAACCCAUGGAACUGUGCAUGUGAGAUUGUUCAGCUAAAAACAUGGCUGGAGAGAAUCCCUUACACAGCUUUGGUGGGUGAGAUCACAUGCGAGUACCCCUUCCACUUCCAUGGGAAAGACUUACGGGAAAUCAAACGCAGUGAGCUCUGUCCGUUGCUCUCUGAUGCUGAGAUUGAGGCCAAGCUGGGAAUCCCCCGUAUUCCAUUCAACAAUGAGAACACAUGGCCCACCAAACCUUCCUCCAUGCUCUCCUCUUUCCACAACACAGCCUCAUCUGUGGAAUACAAGCAUCUCAAGCCUACCAAGCGGCCUCGGCCCACGAAAAAUCCCCCAACACCUCGUAGCAUUUACCCAGGCAUCAACCAGCCCCCAAUAGCUGGCUACCAGACACGGCCUCCCAUCCCCAUAAUUUGCCCGGCUGGAUGUAUCUGCAACCUUCACAUCAAUGAUCUGGGGCUAACAGUCAACUGUAAAGAGAAGGGCUUUCACAACAUCUCUGAGCUCCUGCCACGACCCCUAAAUGCCAAGAAAUUGUAUCUCAGUGGGAACCUAAUACAGAAAAUCUACCGAUCGGAUUUCUGGAACUUCUCAAGUUUGGAUUUACUGCAUUUAGGGAAUAACAGGAUAUCCUAUGUGCAGGAGGGCGCCUUUAUUAACCUGCCCAACUUGAAAAGCUUAUAUCUGAAUGGGAAUGACAUUGAGAGACUGACCCCAGGGAUGUUUAGGGGGCUUCAGAUGUUGAGUUAUCUUUACUUUGAGUAUAAUGUCAUACGUGAGAUACAGCCUGCCUCCUUCUCUCUAAUGCCAAGUCUCCAGCUGGUUUUCCUCAAUGACAACCUUCUACGGUCCCUCCCAACUGAUGCCUUCGCUGGCACCAACCUGGCUCGCCUCAAUCUCCGCAACAACUACUUCCUUUCCCUCCCUGUGCGUGGUGUUCUGGAGCACCUAGACUCCAUCGUCCAAAUCGACCUCCAUCAGAACCCCUGGGAUUGUUCCUGUGAUAUUAUCCCCCUAAAGCAGUGGUUAGAAAAGCUGUCCUCUGUCAUUGUUGUUGGAGAUGUCAUCUGCAAGACACCUGAGUUUGCCUUCGGGAAGGACCUGCGUUCUCUGGAGGUUGAGGUCAUCUGCCCUGAGCUCAAAUAUUCCUCGGGUCCCUCGCCGGUCCUUCCUGGCGGGGAUGAGCUCACCACAGGGAGCUCUGAUCUCGGGGAGGCUGGGGUAAGAGGGGCCGUACCGCUCUCUGUUCUCAUCCUCAGCCUCCUCAUUCUCUUCAUCUCCGCUGUGUUUGUAGCUGCUGGGCUUUUUGCCUUUGUUCUCCGGCGAAGGAAGAAGCUGCCUUUCCGUAAGCGUUCUGAGGUGGAUCUGACAGGGAUCCAGAUGCAAUGCCGGAUAUUCGAGGACCCACCGAGGCAGAGCAGUGCCGGCAACACUGGCACGCCAGAGAAACCAGCGCCUAGCAUGCACACACACACUCACACAAGCCACACACAUGCCCAUGGUCACGUGUAUGAUUACAUUCCCCACCCUGUGACUCAGAUGUGUAACAACCCUAUCUAUAAGCCUAGAGAGGGAGAGAUAGCGGAGGAAGAGGGGGGGCAGUUUUCAGAAAAGAAAGACAAUAGCACCAGUAGCAGCAGUAACUACAGAACCUUGUUAGAGAAAGAGAGAGAGUGGACCCUGGCUGUCUCCAAUUCUCAACUCAACACCAUCGUCACGGUCAACCACACCACUGCUGAUCUCGCAGGAUUUCAUGAAAAUGGCGGGCUCUGCCCUACAGUGAUUGACAGCCAGAGACCCACGCCAACCGUGGGCUUUGUAGACUGUCUCUAUGGAACAGUCCCCAAACUAAAGGACAUGCACGUGGCGCAUGCACACCCCCCAGGCAUGCAAUACCCAGACUUGCAGCAGGACGCGCGGCUGAAGGAGACGUUGCUUUUCACGGCGGGGAAGGGGUGCUACCCCGACCCGUCCCAAAGCGAUUACCUCGAGUUAAGGGCCAAACUUCAAACCAAGCCGGAUUACCUCGAAGUCUUGGAGAAAUCAUAUCGGUUUUAACAUCGCUCGCCCACGGAGAACAAAAAACAACACACUCACCUUUUUAUCACACACUCAAAACAAAAAUUACCCAAAUCAAAAUAUAUGAAAAAUAGGAACCUGAAAAAGCAGCAUGAUGUGAAAUAUUAUAUUACAGUUACAGCCCGCCCACCCCUCACCCUCCCAAAUCGCUUCGGAGGAGAGGCCAUUCUCAGAUAUUUCAAUGAAGUGCCUUUUUUCAGAGUAGCCAGCAAUGUCAACAGCCGUUAUUUUUAUAAUCUAUAAGUGUGUCUAUAUGCCCAGGACAGAGCGGGAGGAGGAUGAGAGGGGCUCCGGGGAAUAAAAAACAAAGCAUCCUAAAAUUGAAUUAUCACCGAGUCGAGCCCGUUUUUAUGGAGUUACCAACACGCGCAAGACGCAUGGGAGCUGGACGUCUCUCUGACUUGGGGCUCUUGUUUCUGUCUCUUUUACCCCUAACCAGGAUGUACAAAUACCCGGAGGCCGUGCACAUUAAGUUUGUAGGAAAUAAUCGAAAGAGAGAAAAAAAUACAUAUAUUAAAAUGAAUUGCAGUUUGCUGCAUGCACUCGCUUCGGUGCAGGAAGCGAGGGGGAUUUGCUCAGAACUAUCACUUCACGUUAUGAAUAGAGAUACUGCAACGCAUUUACAGUUCAGUGUUCUAUUUAAUUUUUAUAUCUUAUUAAUAUGGUUAUUACUAUUAACGAGGACUACUGUCUAUAUCAGGGUGCUUCUCGUAAAAAGGACGCGCCGACGCACGGAUGGUAAAACAUUUGUGAAUAUUAUUAUAAGACGACGCUCAAGGUUUUCUGGAUAUUUCCACGCACUUUGUUAAGAACCCCUUCCAUUGCUCCUGGAUCCCCCAUCGUCACCCACUAACGGCUUUGUAGGAGGCACUUUUAAUGUUUUCUCUCACAAAGAUUUGAAGAAAAAUGUGCAUAUAUUUAUUCUGUAAUUUCAGUGAAGAAUUUAAUUGUAAAGGUAAUGUUAAAUCAAUGUAUAGUGAUUAUGCGUCUGGUAUAGCCUUCUUAAUAAAAACAAACUCCAUUCAAAUGAUAAGAGGGUUGAUGCCACGGAAGCGUGUGUGUAGCGCGCUACACACGGGGUGUGUAUUUGGUGUGUUGUUUAAUGGCAUGCUGAAGCUGCGGCCAACUAUCAUUAAGUAAUGCUGAGUUGAAGAAACAAGCUGCUGAACCACAAGAGCGCUGUGGGCAGGGAUCUAGUGGAGGAUAAACCCCAGCUAAACUCAGUUCAUCUCCUUUUUGUUUAUCCACAGGUUUUAGGCGGACAUAAAUCUGUCAUGUAGAUUCGUAGUGUUCAUCAUGCAAAGAAAGUCUGUAGUCAGACUGACUUAUGUAAGGGGAAAA